CAUCUCUAAUAUUUCGUAUUGGUUCUAAAAUAAUUACGUCUUUUUCUUUAAAUAUUUACACUAUUCUAUAUAUUAAAUGUAGUUAUUUCUUGAAUUUAUUUUGUUAUUUUAUGUAGAGUGCCAAAUUGAUGAUUCCUCUCCAUUGGUAUUAUGAAUCGGAUUGAUCAAAAUAUAAACAAAGAUAUGAUCGAAUCUGAUCUAAUCGACGUGGAAUCUUUGGAUUUUUCCGACAGUCAGACAUGGUUGUACUCACUGCCAGAUGAUUCUGGUAAUAAAGUGGACAUAGUGGAUUGGAACCUCUCAUGUGACUGGCCGAUUAGUGAGGACAAUGAGUAUGUUAAGUUGGAGAAGGAUCUCUAUGCCAUACUCGAUGAUAUACUCAAAAAUGAAUUCCUCGCGUUGCCGGACAAACACAAAUUCGACUCGAGAACAUACGUCAGACCGAAGAAACGGAUACUUAGGCCGAGCAUACAAAGUAUUGUAGAAGUAGCCUCAAAUCCUUCGUCAAUGUCGCCAAACCCGUCGCUCAACCAGUCUACCAACAAAUACCUAACGUACAACAAAUAUAAUAUGCCAAUGGGACCUAUCAGUCCAAUGUUAAGAUUGAAAACGUUUAAUGUCGACACGAAUUCAGAAAACAGUCAUGCUGUCAAAGAAUAUGCUUUGAAGCGACGGAGUUUAGUUCAGGACGAUGAUCCGCAGCUGGAAGACCUGGAUGUAAUGCCAUCAGCGGAUCCAUUGGAGAGGCUAUCAGAGCGCACGCCGUCGAUACCAAUUAACAUAGAUCUGUCACAGCCGGCACAUAAUCUGCACAAUACCUUCAACAAGGGUUUCACAAAUGCGCUAAAUGAACGUGGCAGUAUGAAUAUGUAUCAGAGUGGCGAGUCACUAAUGCGAAUGUCCCCACCGAGCCUCGUGUCUUCCUUGCUUAUGGAGAACUCGGGUACAUUUAACGCAGAGUCACUGGACAGCAGGAAGUCUUUGCCCUCACAUAGAGAUUCAGGUAUACCUACGUCAGGCCGUGAUAGCAUAGACCCGAUGCUGACAAGCAUGACAUUAAGUAUCUUAGACGAAAAAGAUAUGAGCACAAGUUUCCUCUCACAAACUACAUAUCCAGACAACGAUAGCCUUAUGGACUCUCUACCUCCUAGUCUGGUUAGCUCUGUUAACUCUUCCUAUGUCAUAUCCAACACUUCCAAACCAAGAGCAGACAAUACAGAUUCAAAUAUAUUUAGUUCCGCCACAUUUACACAUUUAGAACAAUCUGAAAAGUUGCUAUCGGCGAGACCUAGGUGUCAAUUGUACAAUAGUUUCACAAAAAAAGACCCACCGAUUCGAAAUUCUGAAAGUUACACGAAAUCACGAGAAGAGGGUUCGCAAAUAGAUCCAGUUAAGGUACUAAACGAAAACUGUGAUAAGAAGGAUACUCCUAAACAGGUUCCGCCCAAAAUGAGCCCUGAAAUGGGAGAAACAAUAACAUUACAUUACGCCAACAACAAAUUUAGCAGAAAAAAUGACGCUGAAAAAGAGAACUUGAAUGAUACUUUUGAACAUAACGACGCGUUCUACAAAGAUAUAGGCAUGCAAAGAACACCCGAGGCCAAGAAUAGUCUAAAUGUUACACUGGAUAAACAGGAACUCAAUGAAAUCAUUCAAGCGCGGCAGAAGUUGUCUCUAGCAAGAAAAGCAUUACCCACAGAACCGGAUAAGCCGAACCAAGUCGAUACAUCGCCUAUUAAAACAAUACAACUGCCGAACCAAACGAUCACUGUUCCAAGACAAAGUAUGCAGAACGCAUCAGAGUUGCUGUCCAGACGGAGAGCGAUGAAUGGUGGGUAUGAAAGACACGAGGAACCUACCAGAGAGACGCCGAAACGAAAUGCGACUUUCAAGAAGGCUUCACCGAAGACCGGUGCAAUGGAUGCCACAGUGGUGUACGUGAAGCCAGACGAGAACCAAAUGAUCGAUAUCAACUCUGCUACAUUGAACCUCAUUGACGCAGCCGACAGAACAUUGCAACACGAGGACUGGGGCUCUCAAGAACGCGCCAUGGUGGGAUCCAGUGAGAGUACGGACACGGGGACCUUCAGUUCGUCGAGUCCUCCUGAUAGCGUGCCCGACGCCGACCCGCUGCGCAACGCACGCGCGCAAGUAGCUUCAACACCACUUGCAACAAUGAAAAUGGGAGCCAAGAAUGACCUUCUCAACUUACACGCCACAAUAUCCCCCAUAUACGACAUGAUUGACGACAAAUCGUAUACUUUAACCAAAGUACCCAGUUGCAACUCAGCCAUGGAAAGGACUUUCGAUAUGCACAAUACAACAGUUAUAAAUAGUGCAACAAUGGUGAAGAAAUCCGCCAAAAGGGAUAUUUUGGGUGGGAAACCGAGCCCGGAUAAAAAAAUGUCGGGGCCAUCUUGUCCACAGAAGUCGUCGCUUAAUAGAAUCUCACCUACCAGUACAGGAUCUUACAGUUCGAUGGCUCCACCGAGCAACGUACCGAGAAAAACAAAUUUACCGACCUCCAAACUUAGGCAGUAUAGCUCACACAGAGAACUUAGCAGAAUACCCGGAAGCAACUCGGCGGCGGCGAUACCGAAAAGUAUUGUAGGACGUACAAUGGUCCGACGCAACGUGUAUGCUUCGAACCCAGCACUCAGCCCCACCUCAGCCGCCCCUCCAGUGUCAUCCCUAAGGCGGGAAUCAUUCACGGUCACUGCCGAUACGCAGAACGAUAAUCAGUCACAGAAACCGCUAGUGACCGCACCCCCUGCGUUGGUUAGACAAGGCACCGAAACGUUACGCAGAGAGCGGCCGCAGAGCCAACUCGUGGCACCCAGAGAUUUGCGCGGUAUCAACUCUACGGUCAGCAGCAACAUGCCAGUAGCGAUGCGCAACCAUCAUAUGCCCCCACCAACGACACGACCGUACUCGAUAGCGGGCGCAUCGCAAGUACGAGUCACGAGGCCGGGCUCCGUGCCAUUACAGAAACCAGUGCCAGUAGCAACGUCGGCGACAACGGACCAGCCGCGGCCGGCGUCGAGUUCAGAAGCGCGUGUGUCCGCCCUCCCGCGCCCCUCGCGUCUGCCCGCACCCCGCCGCGCCCUCAGACCACCGUCAGUAUACUCAGUGGCGCCAACGGCAGACCUAGACCACUACUGACGAAUACUCUGUUGUGCCAACGUGCUAGGAGGGAAGUCCUAGCCCACCCGAUAAAUUUAUAGUUACUAACGACUGACCGAAGUAACACUGUGUCUUGAGAUUUACCAAUGUGAUGACUGUUUGCUUCACUACAUACAUUUUUAAUCUUUUUUUUUACAUUAGAUAUUUAUAGAAUCAAUUAUUGCCAGUAUUUAACUGUACUAUAAGUUUGUUAUAAAUUGAAAUGACGGUGAUAGAAACACAAAAAACUAAAGUAAUCCGAUAGAUGG